GUUGAAGAUAUUCUGUUUUUAUCAGGUCAACAUGCACUUCACCUACAUUUCCUUUUGUUCAGGUUGCUGCUGUGGAGAAGACAAUGUGGAGGCCCCGACUGAACAAAAGGUUUCUGUUAGAUUGUCACAGGCAAGGAAUCCCAAGUUACGGUUGUCUUCCCAGAAGAGUCACCCCUGUGAGAGUUGUGGGCUAGUCCUGAGAAACAUUUUCCGCGUGAUGGAGCUGCAGGGAACACAACACAGACAGAUACUGUUGAGGUGUGGAGCGUGUGCAAAAAGAUUUUCUUUGCGUGCAAAAUUUCACCAGCAGCAUGUGAGAGAGCAGACUUACAUUAGAGGUUUGGAAAGGAUGUCACUUGCAAACAGCUGCAAUUUCAAUGUGUCCCAGAAUCAUUUCACCAGUGGGGAGGUUGGGCACAGUGUCUUUACCGAAUCUGGACAUCUCCACCUAAAGGCUACGCAGACCAGGGACAGUCCAACUGCUAUUUUGAUGCGUUGGAUGACGUUUCAACGUAGAAAAAAUUAUUUCAGCAGAAAAGAAUGUAAGAAAGACAUUAAUUGCAUCCACACAUUUAUUCAGGAAAAAGAUUUCCAUCUUGGAAGUGGGUGUUGUGUGCGCGCUGAAUGUGGAAAAUAUUUUACGAAAUUUUCUGGCUUUCAUUAUCAACAGAGAGGUCACACUGCAAAAAAGCAUUACAAAUGCAGUGAAUGUGGGAAAUCUUUUACCACUAAGAACAUUGUUCAGCAACAUCAGAGAGUUCAUAUGGGAGAAAAGCCUUAUAAAUGCAGUGAAUAUAGAAAGUCUUUUACCCAGAGCACUACCCUUCGUAUUCAUCAGAGAGUUCACACAGGAGAAAAGCCUUAUAAAUGUUGUGAAUGUGGGAAAUCUUUUUCCCGGAGCAUUGCCCUACGUUACCAUCAGACAGUUCAUACAGGAGAAAAGCCUUAUAAAUGCAGCGAAUGUGGAAAAUCUUUUAAACGUAGAAAAAGUCUCAUAUAUCAUCAGAGAGUUCACACUGGAGAAAAGCCUUACCAAUGCAGUGAAUGUGGGAAAUCUUUUAUCCAGAGCACUAAUCUUCGUUUUCAUCAGAGAGUUCAUACAGGAGAAAAGCCAUAUCAAUGCAGUGAAUGUGGAAAAUCUUUUACCACUAAAGGAAUCCUUGAUCGACAUCAGAGAGUUCAUACAGGAGAAAGGCCUUAUAAAUGCAGUGAAUGUGGAAAAUCAUAUAAAAGUAGCAAUGGGCUCCAAUAUCAUCAGACAGUUCACACUGGUGAAAAGCCUUUUCAAUGCAAUGAAUGUGGAAAAUGUUUUUCCACUAACACUGACCUUCAUAGACAUCAGAGAGUUCAUACGGGAGAAAAGCCUUAUCAGUGCAGUGAAUGUGGGAAAUCUUUUUCCCGGAGCGCUGCCCUUCGUUACCAUCAGACAGUUCAUACAGGAGAAAAGCCGUAUAAAUGCAGUGAAUGUGGAAAAUCUUUUAGACGUAGAAAAAGUCUCCUGUAUCAUCAGAGAGUUCAUACAGGAGAAAAGCCAUAUCAAUGCAGUGAAUGUGGAAAAUCUUUUACCACUAAAACAGUCCUUGAUCGACAUCAGAGUGUUCAUACAGGAGAAAAGCCUUAUAAAUGCACUGAAUGUGGGAAAUCUUUUACCCAGAGCUCUGCCCUAUGUAAUCAUCAGAGACUUCAUACAGGAGAAAAGCCUUAUAAAUGCACUGAAUGUGGGAAAUCUUUUUCCCAGAGUUCUGGCCUAUGUCAUCAUCAGAGACUUCAUACAGGAGAAAAGCCAUAUAUAUGCAGUGAAUGUGGAAAAUCUUUUACCACUAAAAGAAUCCUUGAUCAACAUCAGAGAGUUCAUACGGGAGAAAAGCCUUAUAAAUGCAGUGAAUGUGGGAAAUCUUUUACCCUGAAAAGGAGCCUUCGUUAUCAUCAGACAGUUCAUACAGAAGAAAAGCCUUAUAAAUGCAGUGAAUGUGGAAAAUCAUAUAAAAGUAGCAAUGGGCUCCAAUAUCAUCAGACAGUUCACACUGGAGAAAAGCCUUUUCAAUGCAAUGAAUGUGGAAAAUGUUUUUCCACUAACACUGAACUUCAUAUACAUCAGAGAGUUCAUACGGGAGAGAAGCCUUAUCAGUGCAGUGAAUGUGGGAAAUCUUUUGCCCGGAGCACUGCCCUUCGUUACCAUCAGAGAGUUCAUACAGGAGAAAGGCCUUAUAAAUGCAGUGAAUGUGGAAAAUCUUUUACCACUAAAACUAUCCUUGAUCGACAUCAGAGAAUUCAUACAGGAGAAAAGCCAUAUCAAUGCAGUGAAUGUGGAAAAUGUUUUUCCACUAAAACCGUCCUUGAUGGACAUCAGAGAGUUCAUACAGGAGAAAAGCCUUAUAAAUGCACUGAGUGUGGGAAAUCUUUUACCCAGAGCACUAAUCUUCGUUACCAUCAGAGAGUUCAUACAGGAGAAAAGCCUUAUAAAUGCAGUGAAUGUGGAAAAUCUUUUACCAGUAAAACCGUCCUUGAUGGACAUCAGAGAGUUCAUACAGGAGAAAAGCCUUAUAAAUGCACUGAGUGUGGGAAAUCUUUUACCCAGAGCACUAAUCUUCGUUACCAUCAGAGAGUUCAUACAGGAGAAAAGCCUUAUAAAUGCAGUGAAUGUGGAAAAUCUUUUUCCCUUAACACUGACCUUCAUAGACAUCAGAGAGUUCAUACGGGAGAAAAGCCUUAUCAGUGCAGUGAAUGUGGGAAAUCUUUUGCCCAGAGCACUGCCCUUUAUUACCAUCAGACAGUUCAUACAGGAGAAAAGCCUUAUAAAUGCAGUGAAUGUGGAAAAUCUUUUAGACGUAGAAAAAGUCUCCUAUAUCAUCAGAGAGUUCACACUGGAGAAAAGCCUUACCAAUGCAGUGAAUGUGGGAAAUCUUUUACCGAGAGCACUCAGCUUCGUCGUCAUCAGGCAGUUCAUACAGGAGAAAAGCCAUAUCAAUGCAGUGAAUGUGGAAAAUCUUUUACCACUAAAACAGUCCUUGAUCGACAUAACAGAGUUCAUACAGGAGAAAAGCCUUAUAAAUGCACUGAGUGUGGGAAAUCUUUUACCCAGAGCUCUGCCCUAUGUAAUCAUCAGAGACUUCAUACAGGAGAAAAGCCUUAUAAAUGCACUGAAUGUGGGAAAUCUUUUUCCCAGAGUUCUGGCCUAUGUCAUCAUCAGAGACUUCAUACAGGAGAAAAGCCAUAUAUAUGCAGUGAAUGUGGAAAAUCUUUUACCACUAAAAGAAUCCUUGAUCAACAUCAGAGAGUUCAUACGGGAGAAAAGCCUUAUAAAUGCAGUGAAUGUGGGAAAUCUUUUACCAUGAAAAGUAACCUUCGUUAUCAUCAGACAGUUCAUACUGAAGAAAAGCCUUAUAAAUGCAGUGAAUGUGGAAAAUCAUAUAAAAGUAGCAAUGGGCUCCAAUAUCAUCAGACAGUUCACACUGGAGAAAAGCCUUUUCAAUGCAAUGAAUGUGGAAAAUGUUUUUCCACUAACACUGAACUUCAUAGACAUCAGAGAGUUCAUACGGGAGAGAAGCCUUAUCAGUGCAGUGAAUGUGGGAAAUCUUUUGCCCGGAGCACUGCCCUUCGUUACCAUCAGAGAGUUCAUACAGGAGAAAAGCCUUAUAAAUGCAGUGAAUGUGGAAAAUCUUUUUCCCUUAACACUGACCUUCAUAGACAUCAGAGAGUUCAUACGGGAGAAAAGCCUUAUAAGUGCACUGUAUGUGGGAAUUCUUUUAAAAAGAGCAGUGGUCUUCAGUAUCAUCAGAGAGUUCACACUGGAGAAAGCUAUUAAGAGUGUAAUUAAUGUGAGGUAUCUCUCAGCCAAAUUUCUAAAUUCCCUCUCCGCAUAAGAAAUGUGGUUUGAGCCCUAACCAGUUUGGCUCAGUGGAUAGAGCAUCAGCCUGCGGACUCAAAGGUCCCAGGUUCCAUUCCGGUUAAGGGCAUGUACCUUGGUUGCGGACACAUCCCCAGUAUGGAGUAUGCAGGAGUCAGCUGAUCGAUGUUUCAAAUUCUCUAUCACUCUCCCUUCCUCUCUGUAAAGAAUCAAUAAAAUAUAUUUUAAAAAAG